CAAAGCAUUUACGGUAUGCAAAUUCAUGGUAACAUUGGGUUUAAGAUUUGUGUUGACGCUGGGGGACCUUUUGUUACAGCAGAGUCGAGGACAUUCACACCUGGUCUAGUCCGGGAAAACAACUGCAUUAACUUUCCGAAGGAAGUGUUACCCACGAUUAAUACACCAAAGGGCGAAUUUAUUUGUAAGAAAGUCGUUAUCACAUCAGGAGCUUGGAUUAAUCACGUGGUUGGAUCUGUCGGCGUUCACGUCCCUAUUUACGUCACACAAGAACAGGUGACGUACUUGGCGACGUCACACAUGAAAGAAUACGUAAAAGACAAAUUUCCAAUAUUCAUCUAUCACUCUACAAAACACGACCUUUACGGUAUGCCAAUUCAUGGUAAUAGUGGGUUUAAGAUUGGCGUAGACGCUGGGGGACCUUUCGUUACAGCAGAGUCGAGGACCUUUACACCUGACCCAGUCCGGGAAAAUAACUGCAUUGACUUUCUGAAGGAAGUGUUACCCACGUCUGUGGGACCUAUUCUGUACAGUAAAACAUGUUUGUAUACGAUGCCUCCCGACCGGAACUUCAUCAUCGACACAUGUCACAGAACUGGUUUUGAUGACGUCAUCGUAUGCAACGGCGCUGGGCAUGCUUAUAAGUUUGCUGGUCUACUGGGCAAGAUCCUCAGUGAGAUAGCGAUAGACGGAAAGACUCAAUAUGAUAUUUCACCUUUCACAUUAGACAGGGAGGCUCUAAAAGACCCGGACUAUAAACCGGUAUUUUUCAUGGGUACCGGAAACAAGUUGCCUGGUGGUGGCGAGAAGAAAGACAAGGCAAAACUGUAAAACAAGACUUAUAUGAAAUGUUCAAAGCAUUGAAAAUACCCAGUAACUUAUAACACUUUUUAACGAACGUAAUAUGUAUGCAUUGGUGUGAUAUGAAAUUAAUCAGAAAUAAUGUUAAAUUUCUUGACUUUUUAUAUUUAAAAGUGUCACCUUAGUACAUAUUAAAUUCAAUAGACGUUAGCCCUUUACUGCACUAAGUUGACUAUUUUAGGGUUCAAAUCACAUGUACACUAAAGAUAUCGAUCAUUAUGGCGAUUUUCUAGGCACAUACAUUUGUGUAUUAUUUAAGACAGGGACAAUAUAAUAAACAAUAUAUA